UUGUUUUCUUUUUCAGCACAAAUUGAAGUGAUACCAUGCAAAAUUUGUGGUGAUAAGUCCUCUGGAAUACACUAUGGAGUCAUCACAUGUGAAGGCUGCAAGGGAUUCUUUCGGAGGAGUCAGCAGAACAAUGCCUCCUACUCCUGCCCAAGGCAGAGAAACUGUUUAAUUGACAGAACCAACAGAAAUCGUUGCCAACACUGCCGACUGCAGAAAUGUCUUGCCCUGGGAAUGUCUCGAGAUGCUGUGAAGUUUGGAAGAAUGUCCAAAAAGCAGAGGGACAGCUUAUAUGCUGAAGUGCAGAAGCACCAGCAGCGACUGCAGGAGCAACGGCAGCAGCAGAGCGGCGAGGCAGAAGCCCUUGCUAGAGUUUACAGCAACAGCAUCAGCAAUGGCUUGAGCAACCUGAAUAAUGAAACUGGCAGCACCUACUCAAAUGGGCACGUCAUCGACCUGCCAAAGUCUGAGGGUUACUAUAAUGUGGAUUCUGCCCAACCUUCCCCAGACCAGUCUGGGUUAGACAUGACUGGAAUCAAACAGAUAAAGCAGGAACCUAUCUAUGACCUCACCUCUGUACCAAACUUGUUUACCUAUAGCUCUUUCAACAAUGGGCAGUUAGCUUCGGGGAUAUCCAUGACAGAAAUAGAUCGAAUUGCACAGAACAUCAUUAAAUCUCAUUUGGAGACAUGUCAAUAUACAAUGGAGGAACUACACCAGCUAGCGUGGCAGACCCACACAUAUGAAGAAAUUAAGGUUUAUCAGAGCAAGACCCGAGAAGCUCUGUGGCAGCAGUGUGCCAUUCAGAUCACCCAUGCUAUCCAAUACGUGGUAGAGUUUGCGAAGCGCAUAACAGGCUUCAUGGAGCUGUGCCAGAAUGACCAAAUUCUUCUCCUUAAGUCAGGCUGCUUGGAAGUGGUUUUGGUGAGAAUGUGCCGUGCCUUCAACCCACUCAACAAUACUGUUCUGUUUGAAGGAAAGUAUGGAGGGAUGCAAAUGUUUAAAGCCUUGGGUUCUGAUGAUCUGGUGAAUGAAGCGUUUGACUUUGCAAAGAAUUUAUGUUCCUUACAGUUAACUGAAGAGGAGAUUGCCUUGUUUUCAUCUGCUGUUCUGAUAUCACCAGAUCGAGCCUGGCUAAUAGAGCCAAGGAAGGUCCAGAAGCUUCAGGAGAAGAUUUACUUUGCACUUCAACAUGUGAUCCAGAAGAACCACCUCGAUGAUGAGAUUUUGACAAAGUUAAUAGCCAAGAUACCAACCAUAACUGCACUUUGCAACUUGCACGGAGAGAAACUACAGGUAUUUAAGCAAUCCCAUCCAGACAUAGUGAACACACUGUUUCCUCCAUUAUACAAGGAGCUGUUCAAUCCAGACUCAACUACUGGCUGCAAAUGAAGGGGAUAAUAGAAUUUUCACGUAGUCAUGGAAUGCGUCACUAUUAAGACAAAAAGAAAUGUUUUAAUGAAGAACUUAUUAAAAAUGUCACUACUGCAACACUAGGAAUGUCCUGCACUUAAUAGAAUUACUUUUCACCGCUACAGUCUGAAGAAUGUAAAUAUGCAACUCUUGAGUGGGGAUGUCUUUUUCUCUUUUCUUUGUUUACUUUUUGGUUUGGUUUGGUUUGGUUUUGUAACUGACAGUUAAUAUAAAAAUAUAGGACACUGGGUGUAAUCUUUUUUUUCUUUUUUUUGCUUUUUUAACUGGGGAAUGUUUUGGGAGACAAUUGUU